CUAUAUUACACCCUCCAUUUAUUUCUUUCAUUUCUCUCACCAACCAACAGUCCAACAUACUGAAACCUUCUAAACCACAAUAUGACAGACUCCAUAACUGGCAGUAAUUUCAUAGCAAUAGCAACUUGGUUUGCACCUUCACCUCUUUUCAUCCUUGUAAACCUUGUCAUAGGUACCAUAGCUCUCGUUUCUUGCUUCAAUGCUGCUCCCAAAAUCAAAAUCAUUCAACGAGUCAAAUCCUUUAAUACCCGUCACUACUACAAUCACCAAGAACAAACAUCUAGUAUUACAGAACCCGAGUCCACUCAACCCCAACUCGUUCAAAUACCAUCUAUCAUCUUAAAGCGUGUAGUUUCCUUCAAUCUCUCCCUUCAUAAACUCCCACCACCACACGUAAAAACACAUUACGUUCAACCCGAAACCGAAAACUCAGUAACAAAACUUGAUCCAAAACUGGUUUGUGAUUCGGGUGAUGAGGAGAAGAGGGAGGUGGAACUGAAGAGAUCGGUGAGCGAGAAAGAGUGUUCAAUGACGUUGGACUGGGAGGAGGAAGAGGAUGAAGAAGCGUUGGAGAGAAGGAGACCUGCGACCGCGAUGGCGAGAAGUGAAACGACGACGUGUGGAGAAGAAGAAGGGGUUGAUGCAAAAGCUGAUGAUUUUAUCAACAUGUUUAAGAAGCAGCUGAAGUUGCAGAGGCUUAAUUCUUUAAUCCGUUACAGAAACACUCUUCUUACACUUCCUUUUGAAUAGUGGUAGUUGGUCAUGGAUACGAUGCAAAAUAAUGUUUAUAAAAAGAAGGAAAAAAUAAUGUUGUUGUAAAAUAGAAACUAGAUUGUUUGAAUAGAAGUUGAAUUUGCGCAUAAAUACAAAAAGCUGGUAUAUAACUCAUGUAUAAAUCUUUAUUUCUCUAUCCAGAACUGUGAUCAUAUUUUGUUCAGGGCAUUGGUAGAUUUG